AUGGAGGACGAGGAAGGCUACGUGGUCUUAGACCGACGGGGCAAGCGGGGGUCUGCGGGGAGCUCCCUACCCCGGCAGGGUGCAGCAGCAGGAUCUGCCUUUCAAGGAUCCCAGAGGGUCCCCGCAGCAUCCCCCCGCUGUCCCCGCCGCCUCCUCGGGGCCCUGACGGCCGCCCUGGCGCUGGCCCUCGUGUUCUGCCUCUCCUGGUGGGUGCCACAGCGGUGGCAGCCCGAGGGGACCGCAGGUUACGGGAACGCCUCGCUGGGAGCUGCCCGUCUGGGUUGGGAUGGCAUCCUCAGGGAGCUGCGGAGGAUCCUGUGCCCGCCCCGAGAGAGCGAGGGAUGCCGGCUCUGCGCCGUGGGCUGGAUGCUGAUCGGGACCAAGUGCUACUGGAUUUCCGACGGGAUGAACCCAUGGAACAAGAGCCGGGAGGACUGCGGGAAUCGGGGGUCCGCGCUGCUGGUUCCGUGGGAUCAGGACGAGCUGGAAUUCCUAAAUGAAAGCCUGAAGAAACCCACCCGGCACUUCUGGAUCGGCCUCUCUGUGCCUGUGGCCGGGACGGGCUGGGCGUGGGAGAACGGCUCCUCCCUCGACCAGGACCGGUUCCAGCUGGGCCUCGACAAGCGACCUGGAGCCUGUGGAACGCUGAAGGGGAAUGGGAUCUACCCUCAGACCUGCCACACGAGGCUGCAGUGGAUCUGCCAGAAAGAAUCUGCUGGAAUCUGA